CGCAUUCAAACACGAGACGCAGAGCGGGAAAGCGGGAAGGAGGACAAAUUUGAACGUUUUAGCCACAAAUCAUGUCCGGGGAGGAGGUGGACAAGGCGGUGGACUUCCUGGUGAAAAUGUUGUGAUGCCUUACCAGCACCCUCUCUCUUACUCACUCCCCCACCAAGAUGUCAACACCCGCCCCAAGGACCUCCCAAGCUCUGAAGUCAAGGAAGCCGUCGUGAAGUUGGAGGAGGCAGCGCUGGGGGGCCUGUCAUCCUCCACCAUCCUCACUCUGGCACAGAAAAUUGUUUUUGCCAAAGGUUAUGACACUGUUAUACGCCGGCGCCUCCUGUACUGUCUCAUUCCGGAGGGACAGGACUUUCCCUUGCAGGUGGUUCCUCUGGCGGUGUCCUCAGCAGCUAUUAAGAAUGUGAAUGUGACAUGGCAGUAUGCAGUGCUGUCCUGGCUGGAGGGAAUGCUGGAGUUUGGCAUCGUUCAUUCAUCGGAGCCUCUCAUUCACAUCUGCUACACAACCAUCUUUAACCUCACAUCCUCACUUACCCUGAGUUCCGUGGCAAGUCGCAUCCUCUACCACAUCACAGUAAGGCAGGAUGUCACUCCUAAUCGUGUGCAGGUCCUGAUGAGGUUACGACUGAAGCCUGGUUUUGACGCCUCUGCCUCCUUUGUGCUGAGGCUGUACCACCUCUUCCGGCCAGACUUCGUGGCAGGACAGCUGGCGGACAGAACAGUGGUGACGCGUCUCCCCCAGGCACUGAAGACAAAGCUCCUGCAGGCGAGGCUGAGGCUGCAGGGUGCGGCGGGGGAUCUGGAGGACCUGGAGGGCAAGGACAGAGUUUGGCGUGAUGGUGCCAAGGUGGAGAAGAUGAACAUAUAUCAGCGUAACACAGCAGUGCCGCAGCCACAGUUCAACAUCUACACUCUUACCGUGGAGGAGAAGAAGAGCAGGCCGGUCUAUGUGACGCAGUACCAGAGGUUUGCAGAGAUGGUGCGAGGCAUGGAUGAAUGGGAAAGGUGGGUGUGGCCUACCAACCCCGCCGCACACCUGGCAUGCCCUGUGGUGGUGCCUCUCUUCCGGCCACACCAGGUAGAGGUGCAGGUCGGCCUCACUAACUGGCUUGAGGUGGCUCUCAGGACAGAAUUGGUGGAGGUCAUCAGCGCACCCAGCAAGGAGAGGCAGGAUAAGCUACUGAGCACCGCCCACGAGUUGUGCUUCAGCCAUGCUGCCUCUCUGCCCGUCAUCAAGCAAACUUCCUGCUGGAGCUCAUACCUCGCUGGAACCACCACGACAACUUAGAGAAGGUGGUGAGACUGCUGGAGUACGUUUCCUACACCUCGGCAGCCAGCCUGUGCUAUGGGGUGCUGCCUGUGGUGAGCCAGCUGAUGAUAGGCCAGCCCCUCAUCAUCUGGUGCCGCAUGGUGGAAUCUGUCACUGCCAUGGCCUGUCACUGGCUCAUCACUGCUCACCAGGAGAAAGCCAACGUCA